GGAGACCCAGAGAGGAGAGGCUGGAGUUCAUGAGAGCUAAUACCCAACUCUUGCCCAGUGCAAGGUACACAUUACAAACCUCAGCUUGGCAAUUUCUGAAUAAAGCAUACCUCAGUGCACUCUGCCAGACCCUGCUGAACAGACUGCACCAGAGGGAAAUUUCCGACUCGAGAGGUUGCUCCUCAUCAUUUGUUCCCGCCAAGCUUUGGUGUGAAGACUGCUUUCCAGGCUAAGGCAUCUCCCACGAUGUUCCUGUUGCAAGGUGCCCAGAUGCUGCAGAUGCUGGAGAAUUCCUUGAGGAAGAGCCUUCCUACAUCCUUGAAGGUUUAUGGCACCGUCUUCCACAUGAACCAGGGAAACCCCUUCAAGCUAAAGGCCUUGGUGGACAAGUGGCCUGAUUUUAACACAGUGGUUAUUCGCCCUCAGGAGCAGGAGAUGACAGACGACCUUGAUCACUACACCAAUACCUACCACAUCUACUCCAAGGACCUGAAGAACUGUGAGGAAUUCCUUGGCUUACCAGAAGUCAUCAACUGGAAACAGCAUUUGCAGAUCCAAAGUUCUCAGUCCAGCCUGAAUGAGGUAAUACAAAAGCUUGCAGCCGCUAAAUCCUUCAACGUCCAGCAGACAGAAAACAUUCUCUACAUGACGCUUGAGACAAUAAAGGAACUGGCUCCUUCCCUGCUGGAUGAAAAGAACUUGUCCCUUACCGAUGGUAAACCCAAGGCCAUUGACCAAGAGCAGUUUCAACUCUCAUCCCUGGAACCUUCCCACGCUGCCUUGGUGAAUCAAUUAUGGCAAUUCGGUGGCAAUGAGAGGAGCCAGAGAUUCAUCGAGCGCUGCAUCCGGAACUUCCCCUCCGUCUGCCUGCUAGGGCCUGAGGGGACCCCGAUAGCUUGGUCCCUGAUGGACCAGACAGGAGAGAUGCGGAUGGCAGGCACCAAGCUUGAGUACCGGGCCCAGGGCCUCGUCACCUACGUCAUCUUUUCCCAUUCCCAGGUUCUGACCAAACUCGGUUUCCCCUCCUAUUCUCACGUAGACAAGAGAAACAAAAUUAUGCAGAAGAUGAGUCACACUCUGAAUCACCUUCGCAUGCCCUGUAGCUGGAAUCAGUGGAACUGUGUGCCUCUGUGAAGCAGCCCUGAACCCAAGACAGUGGGGAUGGGCCUGAGGCUGUGGGUAGACAGAGGGGGAGCCUAAACUGUCAUUGUAAUCAUCAAUAAAGUAGUGGAUGCUGUCCGUAUAAAAGGUAUAGCAAUAUGCCUAUCCGGGACCUGGUCAUUUAGAAACAAUGAAACCACCCUUUUAGAAACGAAUGAAACUGGACUUCCUGUUGUGGCUCAGUAGGUUCAGAACCCAAAAGAGUUCCAUGAGGAUGCGGGUUCAACCCCUGGCCUCAGUCACUGGGUUAAGAAUCCAGCAUUGCCGCAAUGCUGUGCUGCUGUGGCUGUGGUGUAGCUGCAGCUCCGAUUGGACCCCCUAGCCUGGGAAUUUCUGCAUGCCACAGGUGAGGCCUUAAAAAGGAAGAAUAAAACAAUUAUACUCUAAUGAAAGGAAGAAAGAAAGAAAGAAAGAAAGAAGAAAGAAAGAAAGAAAGAAAGAAAGAAGAGAAAGGGAAAGUCAUUCCUGCAGAAUUUUAUCACCAGACAAGAUACCACCUUUGGAUUAAAAUAAGAUGAACUGAAGAAUCAGUAUUUGUAGCACCCACAAACUCUUCCUUGAAAAACACAAAUACAGCAUUUUACUUUUUUAAAAAAAAGAAUAAAACAAACCAAGACGGAGGGACAUUCUACCAUACAACUGCCAUGUACACAUAAAAAUUCUAAAUAUCAUGAAAGAAUAAGAAAUGUGGAAGAAUUAUUCCAGGUAAAAAGAGUCCAAAUAAUGUGACAGUUAAAGCAAUUGGAGGUUCUGGAUUGAAAGCUGGAUCAGAAAAAAAAAUGCUUUAAAGAUAUUAUUGUUAUAACUGGCAAAAUUUGUAUCUGGUCUGUGUAUCAGUUACCAGUAAUAAAGGAACGUUAAAUAUUAUGGAUUUGAUCAUUAUUGUGUGUUGUGGUUAUGGAAGCGAAUAUUUCUCCACUGUCAUGAUAUAUGCUGAAAUAAUUGGGGGAAAUGAUUGGAAUGUCUGCAACCCACACAAGAAGUUAAAUGUACAUGUAAAGCCAAAUGUGGAAAACUAUAACUGGUGAACAUAGGUAAAAAGUAUGUACGUUUAAUGCAUUAUUGUUGCAAUGUUGUGGAGGUUUGCAAUUUUUACAAACGGAAAGCACAAAUAAGAUGAAUUUUCACAUUUUUUCCAAUGGUCCAAUAAAGAAAUCAGUAAUACCACGUGA